UGGAACUUCCUUAUGCUGAACACUGGGGAAAAAGCAAACCAAGACUCUCAAAACAUGAGAGGAACCCCUGAGAGGCUGAAGUUGUUCCGUGACUAUAUUACUUAUUAUGAAGAAAAAAGCCACCAAGGAAAUGUUUUAUUAUGUAGUAUCCAGCACUUGCAGGGCAGUAGAUACCUUUUGUCACGGACUUCCUCUGCAGACAUAGGUGACUUUUACUUUAAGGUUAUUAAAGAAAACUGCCUUAGCCUUAAGCAGAGUGAAAAGCAAAGAACUGAAGAAUUACGAAAAUUGAUAAAGGGGUUUGAAAUUUUGGAGCUUGUCUGUGUACAUUUGUUUCUGUUUCCCUGGAGAAAAGAGAUCAGGACUCUAAAGACAUUCACUGGGAAUUUUGUAUAUUUUGUACAACCGGUUAUUCCAGAAAAAAUUGUAAGCGAAAUCCUGCACAGAGUUGGUUAUAGAGAGGUUACGCAAACAGAGUAUAUCAUUCGGGAAGCUAUAAAUAAAGAGGAAGCUAAACAAGUUGCAUUUGAGCUAUUUCUGGCUAGAGUACAGUGUGAAGAAAUCAUUCAACAAAUAAGUGAGCACAAGUCUGAUUGUGUAAAAAUCUUCCUUUGCACCAGUGGUGACGGAAACAAUGAAGAGAAAUCACCUGUGUAUGGUUUUGACGGUACUCAGAAUUCAAAACAGGCUGAUUUUACAAAGUUAAAACAUGUUCCCUGCACAAAUAAUCUUCAUCGCCUUGCAACAGUUCCUGAAAUACAAAGAGAGGAACUGCAACUUCCCAACUUGCUACUAAACAUGAAAGAUGACCCCAGUGAACAUUUUUCUGACGAAUUCUUAAAUCAAUACAGUGAUUUGAACAUUGCCCAAAAACCAAUAUUUCCAACACACCACAAACAAGAGAAAAACACACAUGUCAACGUUAAAGUGGACAAUAACUUAAAACCACCUCUUUCUGAAAAAAUAAACUCAUCCAAUCUAAUGUCACAAGCCCCAGAAUCCUUAGAGUUAGAUGCUGGCAUUUUCCAAAAAACAUUAAGUUCGGCAUCUCUAGGCAAGGUCUGUGAAUUGACUAACACAAGCUGCCAGGUGGGUAAGUACAUAGAGUGCAAAGAUAAACAAGACAGUUCUGAGAGAGACCUUGGAAAUGCCAAUUUUAGUGAGUCUCCAGUUCCACUUAGUGUGUCUAGUAGACAAGGGAAUUUUGAGAGGUCCAUCAUCAAGUUGAAAUUAGAGAAAAUGAACACUAAAUCAUUAGCCUAUCCCAUUGAAGAAACAUCACCUCCGCACCACCACCCAGACUCUUCAGAUACUUACUGUGAAAUGAAACAGACACUAAAAAAGCACAAUGACUUAUUGUAUGAAGGUUUCACUAAUACUCCUGUCAUGGCAGUAUGCUCAUCUAAUCUUGAUGUUCCGUGUCACAGCAAUAAAGCUGUGGGAUGCAGUUCUGGUGAUGAGCAUGUGCGACACCUUAGAGAACCUCCCAGCUCAACAUACAUCCCUCCAGGAGGGGCGGUAAGACAGUGCUUGAGGACCACAGACCUGCAACCUGAGGAGAACCAUUUUCAAGCUCCUUCUCCAACGACAGACAUGGUUCGCAUUGAUGAAUCCAUGUAUAAAAUGAACGUCGAUACCAGGGAGGAUUUUGUGAUUAUUACUAAGAGUGGCAACCUGCAACGUUGAAUACCAACCAACUGUGCACAUUACACAAUGUUUACAAAAGAAAAACUUGACGUCUGCUUAAAUGGAUUUUAAAGCAAGCUUUCUGUAUAUGCUGAAUAAUUUACUGCAUAGUAAAAAGGUUGCAUACAAAAUAAAUAUUUAAACCUGUAAUUUUUGACAAUUUGCCUUACCGUUCCUUUAAGUUACAGGGAAAUGGUUAAAGUAAAUAUUGUAAAUUUUUUUUAUUAUGCAUUCUUAAAACCUUUCAUGAAGAAUUCAAGUUUGAGUUAAAAUGAAGAAUAUUUUGUCAGAAGAAAAAGUGUGCUGAAAAUCCAUACCGAGAUACAGAUAAAAGUGCUACUGGCUCUCUCGUGUAAAAGACACAUUUCUUACUUUUCUUAACCAAGUCUUGUUUAUGAAUGUAGUAUGGAUUAUAUGACUCAGUUUGAUGGGUGACCCUUUAACCGUGUAGUGUAAACUACUAUUACUAAGACUGGUGUGGUUAAAUGAUUUGUGUAUAUACAUAGUAAAUAAUUGUUGCCACCCUUGGCAAAUACUCCUACAUUGUUUCUCAUAACUAAAUUAAGAUAUUUUUACAGAGCUUUAUCUGAUUUUUGUUAGAACAUACAAUCAGCUAAUUUACUUAGUUAUCAAAUUGUGCACAGUCUUUUUAAAUGCACACUUUCUGAGGCACCAGCUACUACUUAGCAUGUGCAAGAGUUUAAAGUGUAUACUUAUUUGCCUUUGAUUGGCUGAUACAGGAGGCCGUCAACUGAAAAACAAUUUUAAAAGUUGUCAGAAAAAAUCUAUUGUUCAUUUCAAAUUCAGAAUAAGUGCUAUUGUAUUUUUUUGUAUUUAUUACUUGUUGAUGCAAUUCUACUGAGUAUACUGUAACUGUAUAUAAUGGUCCUGCAAAACAACAUUUAAUCACCUCUUGGUUUAGUGUGAAAUUGUGAUUGUUCCACUUUCCCUAGAGAGGCCAAAAAGCAAAUUGUGUAUCCUCUCAAAUGUAGGCAGUUUGCAGCAUUUUGAAAAACUAGGUUACAGAUUUUGCUUUUUGGCAUCUUAAUGGAAUGGGGGAGAAACCACACUUUUUACACACAAACAAAAUAUGUUUAGUGUCCCUUUAAUUUCAAGUGUGUAUACAAGUAAUUGAGUUUAUUUUGCACAUAAUGGUUUUAUUUAAUGUUUUAAAUCUUCAUACAUUUUGGAUUUUAGUUACAUUUGUAAAAGUAAAGAUAUUUUUUGAACAAUAUUGAAAAGAAACAAAAUGUUUAGUAUCAAAUCUAGAAUUAUUUUUCAUAAAAUUAUUAUAAAUUACAUAUUUUUUAUUAAAACACAAAUUAAACUAAAGAUGCAAAUUAUAGUCUAUAAUACCUUUCUGAUUACAUUACUGUAUUAUGUUUCUGAUAGUACCGUGAAUCCAGAAGUAUUUAAAAUGGUAUAAAACUACCUUUAGGUUACACAUAUAAGCUGUAUAAUGACAUGUAAAUAUUGCCUGAAUGACACAAGGUAUUGUUGUUUCUUUCAUGUAAGUGGCAAGAGUCUAUGAGCUAGUGACAUAUGGGAUAUAUAUUCCUACCAGAAGGGGGCAAAAUUUCCCAAACCUCAAAAUGCCUAUAAAUACACCUCCCACCACACACAUACUUUAGUUUUACAAACUUUGCCUCCUAUGGAGGUGGUGAAGUGUGAUAGGCGCUUCUAAGCAUUCUGAAGCCCAAUUCCUCUCAGAGUAUAGUGUUUGUCAGAGGGAUGUGAAGGGAGUAUUUAUUGCCUAUUGAUUUUAUGAUUUCACCCAUGGGAAAUCUGUUUAAAGACUCUCUGUAAUCGGUCGCAGGGAUUCAUCCCCUGCCUCCCUUUUCAGAUCGACGUUAUACUCCUAUACCAUUACCUUUGCUGAUAUUUUUCAGUACUGGUUUGCUCCAAGGCAGAACAUACAGUGAUCUGAGAUGUCAUCGCAGAAAAUGCAUCAUGUCUGCAGAAAGAGCAGGACACAUGCAGGAACUGUUAGUGCUUUAACUUUGCAGCACUGCUCCACAUCGGGCUGUUCUCUUUAAAGAGUGCUGUGCUCUGGCUGCAUUGUGUAAGUUUUUCUUAAGACAGCGCAUUCACAGCAAAAUUCAGUUUAAAGUGAACAGUCAAAUAUGCAGUAAAGCUGCAAAGCAGCAGCCCAUUGAUUGAUUGACUGGCUCUCAGAUUGUUUUCAAUCCAAACCCUUAGCCUUUCCCAGUCUGCUGUUUUUUUCUGAAUAUAAACCAUUCUUAUGAGCAAUGCACCUUUUUUAUUAUUACAUUUCUGUGUUAGACCAAGAGAAAAGGAAACAAAUUUAUUCAAGAGACUUUUUACAAUUUUUUUUGUCUGCAGCUAAUUUGCAAUCCAAUUUUCAACUGCUUAAAUAUAUUAUAAAAAAACUUUAAAAAUUGAAUUAUUCUCCAGUUAAUCAACACAUUGCAUUUGAACUGGUGAUUUAGUGUAACUGCCUAAUUUAAAAUUGAUUUUUUUAAAAAUAACCUGCAUAAAAAUUUUCACUCAAAAAAUCUCAUCGCAGAAAGUGAAAAAAAGUUCUGCCUCUGGGCUGGUUUGGCUGUUUGCUAUAUGUGGAUGGGUGUCUUCUGGUAAGUAUGUAUAAUUUUUUAAGACACUCUCAGCUAUGUUUGGCGCUUUAUAUUAUAUUGUAAAGUUUUAAAUAUAUGUGUUUGCUUAUAUUUGCCAUGAGUCAGGUCUAUGUAUAUUUCCCUUUUUUUGCAGACUAUCAGUUUCAGUAUGGAAUUUAUGUUUGGGAAGAUUAUUUAAAUUUGUUCUUACCAAGGGUUCCAGUUCUUUCAAUUUGACUUUGUUUUCCAAAAAUUUUUGCGGGUUAACUAGGCUCGCAAGGAUGCAAAAUGCAGUUUUUUAUGGUGUAAUUUUUGGCACGAAAUUGCGUCUAUGGUGAUGCAAGUCUAGUCAUUUUCUGCGUCUUUGUUGACAUUAGUUAUUUUUGGCGCAAAGUUGCGCUUGUUAUGACGCGAGUUGUGUCAUUUCCUGGUGUUAGUUUUGGCGACAACAUUUUAUUUUUUUUACUUCCUUUUGCCUCAUGCGUCAUACUUGGAGCCAACAUUUUUUGUAUAUUACCCCUCUUCCUUUAAUGCUUCUGGUUCUCUUCAUAUUUUUAAGAGCUACGAUGCUUAUUUUUUUGCAUCUUACUUUAGCAUAAGCAUUUUUCCCAUUCCUGAAACUGCUAUAUGAGGAAAUUAGAUAUUUUGUUUAAUUGUUGUUUUUUUCUUUUUACCUUUUGCAAGGUGUCUUAGUCUGAUCCUGCCUCUGAUGUUGCUGUCAAAACCAUGCUGGCUGAACACAGUUCUACCAAGCUAAAUGUGUCUGUUGUAAAUUAACUGAUGAUAUUUCUUCAGCUCAAUUAUGUGGCAUCUGUCAUGACAAGCCUUUGCAUUCUGAUAAUGUUGCUAUUAGUACUAAUACAUUGUCUGUUGUUCAAAGUCUAAUUUACCUGAUAUUCCUGCAGAUGUAAAGAAUUAUAUUGCUGCAGCUAUAGAUAAGGCUAUGUCUGCUAUUCCGCCUUCAAAUAAAUGUAAACGGUCUUUUAAAACAUCUUAUAAUUCUGAUGAAAUUUUUAUUGACCGACAGCAUACUGAAAUAUCCUCUGCUGAUGAGGAUUCCUCUGGUUCAGAGGAUCUUGAAUUAGAUUUUGAAAUUGACAAAUCUUCCUAUCUGUUUAAGAUUGAUUAUAGUCGUUCUUUGUUGAAGGAAGUUUUGGUUACUUUAGGUAUUGAAGAGUCUAGUCCUCUUGAUAACAAAGCCAGUAAACGUUUCAAUUCUGUUUUUAAACCUCCUAAGGUUGCACCUGAGGUUUUUCCUAUUCCAGAUGCUGUUUCUGAUAUGAUUACUAAGUAAUGGUCUAAGCCUCGUUCUAUCUUUUAAUCCUACUUCUAGGUUUAAGAAGUUGUAUCCUUUACCUGUGGCUAAUUUAGAGUUUUGGGAAAAAGUAACUAAAGUUGAUGGGGCUAUUUCCACUCUUGCCAAACGUACUACUAUACCUAUGGAAGAUAGUACUUCUUUUAAGGAUCCUUUAGAUAGAAAGAUUGAAUCUUAUCUAAGAAAAGCUUAUUUAUAUUCUGGUUAUAUUCUUAGACCUGCCAUAUCUAUGGCUGAUGUGGCUGCUGCUUCAACUUUUUGGUUGGACAGUUUAGCUCGUCAGGUAGAAGAUUCUGAUUUGUCUAGCAUUGUUCUUCUGCUUCAACAUGCUAAUUAUUUCAUUUGUGAUGCUUUGACAUUAUUAAGAUCAAUGUUAAAUCUGUCUUUUUAUUAUUUUAGCCAGAAGAGCUUUAUGGCUUAAAUCUUGGAAUGCUGACAUUGUGUCUGAAUGUAGAUUACUAUCUCUUUCUUUCCAGAGUAAGAAUUUAUUUAGUUCUCAAUUGGAUUCUAUUAUUUCUACUAUCACUAGGGGGAAGGGAGUUUUUUUUACCCCAAGAUAAAAAGUCUAAGGGUAAAUUUAAGGCUCCUAAUCGUUUUCGUUCCUUUUGUCAGAAUAAGGAACACAAGUCUACUCCUUCCCCUAAGGCCUCUGGUUCCAUUUGGAGACCAUCUUCAACUUGGAAUAAAACCAAGCCUUAUAAAAAAACAAAUCCAGCCCCCAAGACUGCAUGACAGUACGACCCUCAAUCCAGUUUAGCUGGUAGGGAGCAGAUUGAAAUUAUUUCAGGAAAUUUGGUCAGGUUCUUUUCAGAAUCAGUGGAUUCAGAAUAUUGUGUCUCAAGGGUAUCGGAUAGGUUUCAGAAUAAGACCUCCCAUGGGAAGAUUCUUUCUCAUGUUCCAACAAAUCCUGUGAAGGCUCAGGCUUUUCUGAAAUGUGUUUCAGAUCUAGAGCUUUCAGGGGUGAUUGUUCCAGUUCCUCUACAGGAACAGGGUUUGGGGUUCUAUUCAAAUCUAUUCAUUGUCCCAAAGAAAGAGAACUCUUUCAGACCAGUUCUGGAUGUGAAACUUUUAAAUCAUUUUGUAGGAGUCCCAACUUUCAAGAUGGUGACUAUAAGGACUAUUCUGCCUUUUGUUCAGCAAGGGCAUUUUAUGUCCACAAUAGACUUACAGGAUGCUUAUCUUCAUAUUCCAAUUCAUCCAGACCACUAUCGGUUUCUGAGAUUCUCUUUUCUAGACAAGCAUUAUCAGUUUUUCGCUCUUCCUUUUGGCCUAGCAAUAGCUCCAACAAUCUUUUCAAAGGUUCUUGGUGCCCUUCUAUCUGUAAUCAGAGAGCAGGGUAUUGCAGUGUUUCCUUAUUUGGACGAUAUCUUGGUACUAGCUCAGUCUUUUCAUUUAGCAGAAUCUCACACGAAACAACUAGUGUGGUUUCUUCAAAGGCAUGGUUAGAGGAUCAAUUUACAAAAGAGUUUCUUGAUUCCUCAAACAAGGGUCACCUUUUUAGGUUUCCAGAUAGAUCCAGUGUCCAUGACUCUGUCUUUAACAGACAAAAGGCAAAUUAAAUUGGUUUUAGCUUGUCUAAACCUUCAGUCUCGAUCGUUUCCUUCAGUGGCUAUGUGCAUGGAAGUUUUAGGUCUUAUGACUGCAGAAUCGGGCGCAAUCUCCCUUUGCUCGUUUUCAUAUGAGACCUCUGCAGCUUUGCAUGCUUAAUGGUGCAGGGAUUAUACUCGGAUAUCACAACUGAUAUACUUAAAUCCCAACAUUCAACUCUCUCUGUCUUGGUGGUUGGACCAUAACCAGAUUGUUCGAGGGGCCUCUUUUGUUCGUCCUUCCUGGACUGUGAUCUCAACAGAUGCAAGUCUUACAGGUUGGGGAGCUGUCUGGGGGUCUCUGACAGCACAAGGGGUUUGGAAACCUCAAGAGGCAAGGUUACCAAUCAAUAUUUUAGAAUUCCGUGCUAUCUUCAGAGUUUUUAAGGCUUGGACUCUAUUAAAGAGAGACCUUUUCAUUAGUUUUCAGACAGACAAUAUCACAACAGUGGCAUAUGUCAGUCAUCAGGGAGGGACUCACAGCUCUUUAGCAAUGAAAGAAGUAUCUUGGAUACUUGCUUGGGCAGAGUACAACUCUUGUCUUAUUUCUGCAGUUCAUAUUCCAGGUGUAGACAGUUGGGAAGUGGAUUAUCUCAGUCGUCAGACUUUGCAUCCGGGGGAGUGGCCUCUCCAUCCAGAUGUGUUUCAUCAGAUUGUCAGAUGUGGGGUCUUCCAGAAAUAGAUCUGAUGGCUUCUCGUUUGAACAAGAAACUUCCCAGAUAUCUUUCCAGAUCCAAAGAUCCUCAGGCAGAGAUGGUGGAUGCUUUAGCAGUUCCUAGGUUUUACCAGCCUGCUUACAUUUUUCCACCUCUAGUUCCUCUUCAAAGGGUGAUCUCCAAGAUCAUAAUGGAACAAUCUCAUGUGUUUCUGAUAGCACCAGCAUGGCCUCACAGUUAUGGUAUGCAGAUCUUGUCCGGAUGUCCAAUUGCCAGCCUUGGCCAGUUCCUUUACGGCCAGACCUUCUGUCUCAAGGGCCGUUUUUCCAUGAGGAUCUCAAAUCUCUAAAUUUGAAGGUAUGGAAAUUGAACACUUAGUUCUUAGUCAUAGAGAUUUCUCUGACUCAGUGAUUAACACUAAGUUACAGGCUCGGAAGUCUGUUUCGAGGAAGAUUUAUUAUCAAGUUUGAAAAACCUAUAUUUCAUGGUGCUCCUCUCAUACUUUUUCUUGGCAUUCUUUUAGAAUUCCUAGGAUUUUACAGUUUCUUCAGGAUGGUUUGGAUAUAGGUUUGUCUGCAAAUACUUUGAAGGGACAAAUCUCUGCUCUCUCUGUCUUAUUUUAUAGAAAGAUUGCUAAACUUCCUGAUAUUCACUGUUUUGUUCAGGCUUUGGUUCGUAUCAAACCUUUUAUUAAGUCUAUUUCUCCUCCUUGGAGUCUUAAUUUGGUUUUAAGGAUUUUGCAGGCUCCUCCUUUUGAGCCUAUGCAUUCUUUGGAUAUUAAACUACUUUCUUGGAAAGUGUUAUUUCUUUUGGCUAUCGCUUCUGCUAGAAGAGUUUCUGAGUUGUCGGCUCUCUUGUGAGUCUCCUUAUCUGAUUUUCCAUCAAGAUAAAGCGGUUUUACGGACUUCAUUUAAAUUUUUGCCUAAGGUUGUGAAUUCUAACAACAUUAGUAGGGAAAUUGUUGUUCGUUCCUUUUGUCCUAAUCCUAAGAAUUCUCUUGAGAGAUCACUACAUUCUUUGGAUGUGGUAAGAGCUUUGAAAUACUAUGUUGAGGCUACUAAGGAUUUCAGAAAGACUUCUAGUCUAUUUGUUAUUUUCUCUGGUUCCAGGAAAGGUCAGAAAGCCUCUGCCAUUUCUUUGGCAUUUUGGUUGGAACUUUUGAUUCACAAAGCUUAUUUGAAGGCGGGGCAGUCUCCACCUCAGAGAAUUACAGCUCAUUCUACUAGAUCAGUGACCACUUCUUGGACUUUCAAGAAUGGAGCUUUAGUUGAUCAGAUUUGCAAAACAGCAACUAAAUUUUACCAUUUUGAUGUAUUUGCUUCUUCAGAAGCAGUCUUUGGUAGAAAAGUUCUUACGGCAGCUGUCUCAGUUUGAUUCCGUUGCCUAUGAUUUGAGUUUUUUUAAAUUUAAGAAAACUUAAUUAUUAUUUGGAUUUAAUUUUUUUCAGCGGAAAUAGCUGUUUUUAUUUUAUCCCUCCCUCUCUAGUGACUCUGUGGAUUUCCACAUCUUGGGUAUUAUAUCCCAUACGUCACUAGCUCAUGGACUCUUGCCACUUACAUGAAAGAAAACAUAGUUUUUAUGAAAUAAAUUAAUUUAUCAGGUAAGUUCUUACAUAAAUUAUGUUCUACACUUGGUCGCAAUUUGCAAAGGCAAAUAUACAAAUAUUCCAAAAUCCAAAUCUUUUCCCAACCAGUUUGGAUAAAGUGUUUUGUACCUGUAUUAUUAUAAUUAGCUGCAAUUGUUUUUCAGUGGUCAAACCCAGCAGUUUUCUUAUUUGGAGCAGCCAAUUAGGACUUAUCAGACUUAAAUUAUAAGAAAAGAGGGAAGAAUAAAUAAUGAAAGUACUGUAUGCAUUCUAUAUUAUAAUCUUAGAGCGUUUACUGUCCAUUUUAAUAAAGCCAAAAACCAUGCAGAACUUGUGUGAAAAGUGAUUUCUGAUGGAAUAAACACUAGGCAUAUGAAUUUGGCCAUUCUUUUCUCAAAACAAAGCCAAAUAUGGCUUUGGGUAACUGCAUUUGGCUCUAGAUUUAUUUGUGUAAAAGUGCAACUCAUAAGUAUCCAGGCAAAAUAAUUAUACAAGAAAUAAAGCAAGAUUUGGACAAGGCAA